AUGAAGAAGGUGAUUUGCUUUUGUUUUUGUAAUAGGAAAAAUUUUAAUAAAAAAGUAUUCAGGCAAUAAACCUCUUGCAUACAUCAAUGUAAUAAUUUUUAAAAAAUUAGGGAAAUAAUUGAGCUUAAACACAAAAAAAUAAUUUAAAAAUCAUAUUUAGUAGAGAUAUAAGAAUGAAUAAGUAUCAUUGCAGAAUCUUAUUAUUCAUUAUGAAAAGCUAAUUUCUAUAAUGAUAAUUAAUGAUUAAGAGCGUUAUGCUUUAUUGUUUUACUUAUUAUUUGAAUUUGAACUUGAUAUCUAUGACAUUCCCGAUCUAAAAUUUGAUGCAUUAUCUUAAGGAAUGUUUAACCUUAAUUCUAAAAGAUUAGAUUAAAUCAUCUCCAAAAAAAUACAAAUACCAGAACAAAUUAAAUUAUUAUUUUUAUCCAUUAUGAAAAAACAUAAUCUUUAAGAAUAGUAAUAAGUUUUGGAAAUCAAAUCUAAUUGGGAUCUACAAACAUGGCUAUAUAAGCAAAAAAAUACAUAUUUUUUGGUUUUUUAAUAAUAGGGUGAUGUAGAGUUAAGUACUUUCUUAAAAAAAAUCAAAUUAUCUGAUAUAAAGAAGUAUAAGAAAAGAGUUCAGCUGUUACUUAAAAACAAUCAAAAUUAAGAAAGUAGGUAAAUAAUUAAAUAGUAAUCUUAGUAAUUUAAAAUAUAUUAAUCUAUACCUAUUAUUUAAAUAAGUGAUAAGAAACUACUUGAUUAUAAAAAAAACUAUAAAUCAAAUUCCUUAACAAAUUUAAUCUUUAAAGAAGAGUAAAUCUCAUCUAGAACUAAUAAGAACUCAAAAUAUCACCCAGCUGGAAAGCGAAAAUGCUCCUGUUCUAACAAUCGAAGAUGAUCAUGUGUGUUAAGGGGACUCUAACGAUGAGUAUAUAUUUUAUUUACUUAGAAUAAGUAAUAAUCAAUUUUAAACAAAUACAGAGAUCGUUUUCAAUAAACCAAACACAGAUUCUUUUGAAAUUAUAAAAACCUUAAAUAUCAAUAAAUGA